GAUUCGGUGGCUAGUGGACAGUUAGUCGCCGCGUGUUCUUAGACAAGAAAUCAUCAUGAGGGUACUGGCUAGUUUGACCUUGUUGUGCCUCGUGGCAGCUGCUAAUGCCACUCCACGAAUCAAUGGAGGUACUAUUGCUCCGGAUGGCAAGUACCCAUACAUGGCAUCCUUGAGAUCUCGCGGAAGUCAUUUUUGUGGUGGCUCAAUCAUCAACAAACGCUGGAUUCUAACCGCAGCUCACUGCUUGGAAAGAAGAGGUCCACGUGGUGUCCAAGUUCAAGUUGGAAGCAACAAGCUGUUAGGAGAUCGUGACAGUCAGAUCUACCAGUCCGAGUAUGUCACAUAUCACAGGAAAUGGGAUAUAAACACGAUCACCUACGAUAUUGGUCUGCUUCGCGUAGACAGAGACAUCGUAUUCACUCCGAAGGUGCAGCCCAUCGCUCUCAUCAAUUAUGAUAUCACUGAGGCCGGUGCCUCGGCAGUUCUCUCUGGAUGGGGCUCUACUAGGUUAGGUGGACCUGCUCCUAAUGACAUGCAACAGAUGACUGCUGAGCUCAUCAGCCAAAAGGCUUGUAAUCAGAGUUGGCAUACUCAAUACCCUAUUACCGAAUCUCACAUUUGCACUGUAACCCCUUUCGAAGUAGGCGCCUGUCACGGUGACUCUGGCAGUCCUCUCGUCGUUCACGGAGUCCAAGUCGGUAUUGCUUCAUUCGUUCAACCGUGUGCAAAGGGUGAACCAGAUGUUUUCACUAGAGUUUUUACUUUCCUCGACUGGAUCAAAGAAAUACAAGACCAAUUCUAUUGAAUCCCGUGAAAUUUAUCGUUUGGUGAUUUCUUGUGAUGACAGAGAUUAAAGUAUAGCUACAGAUAACGUAAAAAUCCGAUAAUAUAAAUUUGCUUCUAUGGCCGGAUGCAUGAAUUUCUAACUAGUGCAGUGUAUCAGAACUUUAUAAUUUAAAAUAGAAUAUUUGUACGAGAUUUCAAGUAACUGAAUUUAAUCCUAUAACUGCCAAUAAAGCGUAAUUUUUUAAUUUA